UGCCUCGGCUGAUGAGAAACUAAGGCAAAAAAUCCACCCUUUUACAGGCCAUAUACCACGGUUGUCACUCAAAGUUGUUGCCCAUUCCUAGCUGGAGACGGGCUGGGGUAGGACACGAUCCGCGUCCAGAGGGUCAUAAAUGAUAUGCAAACACUUAUAAUACAUGGAAUACAAGUAAUUAAAAUUAAACGGUCCAAACUAUUUAUGAAAUUUCAGGUGUAUCAUCAAUCAAAAAUUAAGCUUAUUCUAUUAUCCAACUAUUAUAUUGGUGGACAUUUAUUGGACGGUUAAGAAUUUAAAAUAUCCAAGGGCCCUGUUUCAACAAAUAAGUGUCCAAGAAUCUGUGGCCAGGAUUGUUCAAACUCGACUAUGACCUAGUGUUACUGAUUUCUACGAUGUAGAUAGUUUGAAUUGAGUUAAUGUAUGCUCAGUAUACAGUUUCUGAGUGCAUGCGUAUCAAGCGUCGUAUGCAACCGGAGCAUAAAAUAAAACUCCCCUGUAUAAAUUCCUCUAUUCAUUUUCUCACUCUCUCAAACUUUCGAGCCCAGAAGAUGAAGUCUUCUACUGUCCAAACACCUCAAAAAGCUGCCAUCCGUCGAUCGAAGGAGAAAUCCCACAAGAUCAUCACAAAAUCCCUAAAUACAGCUUUCUUAGCUGCAUCCGAAGCCGAUCCGAUCGAUUCUUCGUUCAUCUCAGCAAUCACAGAAGGAAAUCAAGAAAUUGAUCUCUCUAAAGUAUGUUUCAAAUCCCAAUUCUCCGAAAUCUGUGUUGAAAUCCAUGCAAUCUCUCACGUUUGUAUGUCCCGUCUGCAAAGCGGUCCAAAACCCUCAUUUUCAUCUCCGUCGGACGCGUUUGACCCCACCGAUGCAUUAGAAUCCUUCUCUACACCGUCGAUUACUGAUGGGAAUCAAGGAUCUGGCGGAUCAGAGGUUUUCAAGAUGGAGAAUGUGUACAUUCUGGUGGCCGUCGAUUUACUGCUCGCCGCUCAUUUCCAGGUCUUGAAUUUUCCCAAUGUUGAUCUCAAAUGGAAGAAGCUUCUGGAUUGCCUGAUCAAGAGCACAAUCGAGCCGUUGGAUUGGCUACCAGAAGAGCAGGACAGGUUUUACGGGCUUCUCCAAGAGAAGGUAUGGAUCGGAUUACUCCAUGUUUUCAUGUGGAUCAUUUCGGUGUCGGUCAUCAUGGAUCGAGAUGCCCGAACUAGGACGGGAUUUCCUGGCAUGCCGCCUCCUACAUGACAGUUUCUAGGGAUGGCACGUGCGUUGCAUGUGAGACGGAGGCCGAAAUGAGAUGACAAAGCGGUAAAAAAAAAAAAAAAAAACAGACAAUUGAUACACAUUACCUCUCCUUUUUUUUUAAGCUCGAAAUUCAAGGUA